CUCUAUAUAAGGGUGUAAUCUCUAACCCCGACACUCAUUUCACCACCAAGCUACUAUAACAUUAAGAACUACCUUCAACAACCAGUGACAAGUUAGUCUAUACGAUAUGAUUCGCGCAUUGUUUUACGUAAUUGGGCUGAGCUGUAACUGCAUUUUAACAUCGGGACACCUAUUGCCACCCAGUAGUGAUUUAAAAGUUUUGAAAGCAUCAAGAAAUGAUUAUGGAUAUUUGUUGAAAAGAAAUUUGGAUGACAAUUUUGAGGAUGCCGAUUCAAAAGAGAGGCGCAGCAAUAUGGGUUCGUCAUUUAUAAGAUUUGGUCGUAGUAAUCCAAUGGAAAAAUACAAUAGCUUCGAGCAAAAUGAGGAUUCAAAAACUGAAAGACAAACACGAACAAGGCCCGAUGUUAUUAUCAGAUUUGGCAGAUCUGGACAAAAACAGGGGCAAACUUAUGAUCGACAUUCAAGGGGUGAUCUAAAAUUUAUUAGAUUUGGACGUAAUUAUAUACCGACGAAUCUGGACUUGUCCUUAAUUUGUUCGGACGUGCCAGUGGAUAGUGAAACCUAUGAAAAAGGCCUUCGAUUUUUUCCAACGAGACUUGCCCGACUUUGUAAUGAGUUGGGCCUUAGCAAUGAUCGAUAUGAGUUCAUUAGUGACGAACAAGCUGAAUUUAAGCAGGAAUAAUCUCGGAUUUGCGGUCUAGACCGAGUUCGUAUACAAGUUACAUCGUUAAUCGCUUUGUUUCACAAUGUCAAUACACUUCUCCUCCCUUCCCCCCUCCCAUAGCCCACCCCCCACCUAAAAUCCCGGCUGCUUAACAAUUGUCCAACAAAGUGAUUUAUGAUCCAAGGAAAAUGCGACUCGAAAAUUUGCCAAAAAAGUGAGAUUGCAUAUAUAAAUAAAUAAUAUUGAAUGCCGCUCUUAGAAAAAACUGAUUUGUUUGAUAUAAAUAAAAAUUCUUAAAAAUUUUCUUUUUUUCUUUUUAAUACAUUUACAGAAUUUGCUAAUUUUCAACAAAUUGUUUAUCAAAAUAACAAACCUAAUUUUUUUGAAAUCCAUUAAAAGAAAAAUAUUUUCUUAAUUUGAAAAAAAAUUAAGUAAAAUUAAAUUUUUACUUUUUUCUAAAAUCAAACAAAUCGUUAUCUCUGUAUCAAGAGUGCUUGAAAAUGAAAUGUUAAAAAGAAUUCGUUUUCAGUGCAUUCCGAAAAUAAAAUAAAAAUCUCACUGUUUAUCAAAAAAAAGAAGAAAAAAAUUAGAAAAUGAAAAAAAAAUUAUAUAGUUUAAAUAAAGAAAAAAAAGUGGUUAUUUUUAAAGAAAUAAAUUUUCCCCUUAGCUGUAUGUAUAUUGAAUUAUUAUUAUUAUAAUAAUUAUUGUAGAAAUAAAAUGCAUUGGAAAUGAAUUUUAGCGAAUAAUUGAUCGCCCUGAACUCAAUAUUCGUCAAUCUGUACACACACAAAAAAUAUUCUCUAUACAUACAUAAAUACAUAUAUACAUAUUAUAUGUAAGAUUAAGAUAUUUUAUGGCAUUGUACAUUAUUAUCGUUCAUAAGAGAGAUUAUAUGUAAAUUUAAUACAAUAAACAGAAAAAGAAGUUGAUGAAAAAUUAUUAUUC